AUGCUGCAUUCUCCUCUCAUGAAUGGCUCGCCACAGCACUGCGACGAGGAACAACCCUCGACCUCUGUGUCACCUCGCAACUCCCGCUAUGCUGCGACGGCGUCGAAUGAUCCUGCAUCUCUCCCUGCUGGUGAAGCUCAAUCUGACCGGGACGUUUCGCCGCACUAUCUCUACUCCUCGUCCUUGAAUCGACCUUCCUCACCUUCUCCUUCUACCUCUUCUGUCCGCCGAACGUCUUGCUCACAGCCUCCGGAAAUGGCCAUCAGACUUGCAUAUCAUCUGGAGCCGGAGUGGAGUCGGCCGUAUGGCAAGAUUGAUGUCAGCCAGACGUCAGCAGAGCCAGAGCUUCCCACUGUGCUCUCGUUACCACCACAGGAAUCACCUGAAAGAUCUCACAUUCCGGCGGCACCGUCAAUAUUUGAUGAGGACCGCCAGACGGUGACUCCAUUGCAUGAGAUCAGCCGUCUAUUACGCCAACAGAAGUACCACAAGUCGCGGAGCCGUUACGCCGAGGAGAGACUUCGCCAUUUACAGAUCGCAGCUGCCAGAACAAAUCGGCUGACGUGUGCUUCUCGGUCCGUGCAGCACACUCUUGCCGAAUGCGUCAAGACCGAGGACAAGAACAGCUUCGUGAAUCUGCUGCACGCUUUCCAUGAUGCCACCGAUGUUAUCUUGCAAGCUCCCGUACCUUCCACGGGACCGGAACACGCCAAGUCAUCACAUGGAUCAUUCCUAGAGGAUCUUACACCUUCAUCAAGAACCACCAUAUUUGAUCUUAUGAGCAAAGUCCGGCAUGAUGGACCUUUCUUGGCUGACCAACUAGGAAAUCUUUCCCAGAAAGAACUCGUCGCUCUUCUGCCAGAAUGGUCAAGUCCGAGGCCUAAUGACUCCAUCUUUGCCUCUUCACUACGGAACAGCUCUCGCGCCUCGCGUCCGCUCGGAUUUGUCGUUGAUGCGCAAGUGGACCUACUUUCUUCUUACUCUUACUGCAGUCCAUUGGAAACCCUCAUCUUUGAGACGCAGAGCCUAUCGAGCUUCGGAUUGGCUUCAGAAACUCGAGCCACGGAUGUGUGGUCCACGGUCUGUUCUCGUCUGAUUUCUUUGCAGAAGCCAGGAAGUGAGAGACUUGUCCCAGCCGUAUUGGAUAUAUGGGCAUCCUCCGUGCCAUGGCCCGGCAAGGACCGUCUGGAGAUUUGGAUCUUGGAGACACUCAACCGUGGAUCAUUCCUCCUGGACCUUUACACCCGGCAUACGUUCAAGGCCCGAAUUGAAGGUCGAACUGAGGCGCCGGCUGAAGAUGAAUUGCGGACUGAAUCUUUUUACUCCAAGGCUGUGAACGACCUGCUGGACCUGUUAGCGGACACUUCCAGUGGCAGUGUAAUUCCUCCCGAGAGGGCUGCCGCAAUUUCUCGUCACGAGGUGGCUUUCCUCUUCAUUUUUGAUGGAUGCUGUGACUUUGCCAGAGGCUUGCGGUCUUCUGACAGACCACUACAUCUCGGAACCCGCGAGACAACGAGACAUGGCAGCAAUGCCACAAUGGACCUGACCCGCCGCGUCAGUGCUGUGAUGGCUCGCUUCCAGCCUCAAACAACAAUGGGCGGCCAAGCACGCCCAACGCCAGACCUCGGCCAUUCUGGAGAAUCAUCUGCAGAGACGUUCAUCGCAUUAUCCGCAAAGGAUAUACUGACGACGCUGAACGCUCUCUUCCCACAGCAGAGACCGGCUUCCAUGCUUUCGGACUUUGACAGCUCCAAUUCCAAUUCUGGUUUACGGUCCUCCGCCUCUUCCGUCUCUGGAUUCUCACUCUUCAGCCAUGCGAGAACACCGGAUGUCUACUCUCCAAUUUCUGGUCUGUGGUCUUCGGAAUCUCAACCUGCAAUGGCACUACCACCGGAGAUAGCAAAUGUGGAGACAUUGUCGGGCCAGGAUAGUCUGCAUAUCCAGGAAGCUCGUCUAGAGUUGGAAGACCUGCUUGCGAAUAGCGAUCCUGCAUCCUGGGGUAUCUUGGUGAUAGCGCCAGGCUCGAACCAUUUCCAGACUUUGCGUGAGAUAUUUUCGCAGAACUUCAGCGUGCCUGAGCCUCGUGGACAUGGAUCUUUCACGGAACUCAUCCAGGAACAAACGAGGCUUAAGAAGAACAUUAAGAAGCUGUUGAACGGCUCCGAUACAGGUAUAUCGGCCGCAUUUGGUAACAUUGGCGAGCUUCUCUCCACUGUACGCACGCAGCUCGAGAGCAUGCUUGAACGCCAGAUUCAGGCUUUCGAAGCUCAAUCAGACUUUGUCGGCGCCCAUGCGAGCUUCCAACAGCUGCAGGACUUCCGACAACUUACUUCGUCGUCCCGGGAUUCUCUACGUGACGUCCUCGUGCGCAUCGAGAGCACAGCACGUCAGUCCGCGACCCAAUCAGAAAUCGCCGAAAAUCGAUGCGAGAAAUGGACUCGCCUGCUCAAGCCCAUGACCGACCUUCAAACAUUCCACCUCGAACCGCUCACAAGAGCCACCACCUCACUGCGCGACAAAAUGUGUCACACGUCUCAUGUCCGCCCCUCAGCCGCCUACGACUCCGCCCGCUCAAUUGCCUGCGCCCUCCGCAUAAUGGGAAAGUCCAGGAAAACAUCGUCUCCCAGUGCGAGAACCCGUCUCGGCCCUCCUCUCCGCCAUUGGCCCACAUCCAAGACGACGACGAACAACUUGCACCUCAAAUCCGAAGCUCAAGUCCUAGAGCUGUUGAGUGCGAAGGUCGAGCAUUGUGGACCGAAUAAGCUGAGCGAUGAGCAGAGUCGCUUGACGGAGACGUGGUUAGAGAAGAUGGGUAUUGAUAACCUUUGCUGGGGAGAGGAGAGAAUACAUCGGCUGUGCAUGGAGGUGAGGAAACUUGUGGACGGAGUUCUCAAUGCUUCGCCGGAGCAUUCGAUGAUAAGUUCGAACCCGUUGUUUGCGAGAGAUGAAGAGUUGAUGAGGGAGGUGACUCGCGCAUCGACCGCUUCUACAGCGCCGAAGCAUGGGCAACUGUCCAGCCUGUACGCCGGGAAUCGACAAUCGGGCAUGUUGACGCUGCAGACACAGUUGAGAGGCGCUGAGUGUCCUUCAAGCAGAUCGCAAGCGCUGUCCAACACCAGCUCGAGGGACUACCUGGAUGCGAAGAGCCCGACAUUGACGAACAAAUCCUCCAUCCCGUUCUGGUCGCCGGCUAUGACGGAGGUGUCUUCUCCCGGCAGUGCGACAAGCGUUGGAUCUGCUCGGACGGAAGCAGCGCUGGAGUACUCCUCACUCAAGCAAGGACCUGGUGGUGUACAGAGCGCUCCUCCGUCGGCGUUGGAGAAGCUGCGGAACAGAUUGACGGCGCUGGUGCUGAGCGAUCUUACCGCGAACCUGUUCACGGAAGGUAGCGAGACCGAUACCGCCUUGUGGACUGGCCUGGGCUGGACGCUGGUCGGGCCAUAUUUCAACACCAUUCAUAUUUCCGAGCAACCUCAGCAAGAACAGGCGCAGAGUCCACAUGGUCCUACAGCGACUCCUCCCUUCGACUUCCUCGCUGCCUUCAGCCGCCUUCUCCAAAAGUUCUCCGCCUCCUCGAACCCCAGCACUAAACUCACCUGCCUGCACGACAUCGACCGCCUCCUCACACCCUAUAUGCUCACUCUCAACCCCACUAUCUCCACAUCACCAGGCUCCGACCUCUCCGUGACCGCCUUCCGCCAUCUCUUCACCCAUCCAACCCUCUUCCCAUCCGGUCCACGCACCAUUUUCCGCGACCUGCAAUACAUCGCCUCCAUGCUCCCCACCUCCAUCAUCCACCCAACAACUCCACCCGGCCAAUCCUUCACCCACGCCACCCUCGCCCUCUUGAGCCUCAAAUCCUCCGCCCGCACCCUCUUCGUCGAAACCGCCGACGCCAUAAUCGCCUACCACUCCAACAACCGUCCCGGCUCCUCCGCAGCCCCUCACCCUCCUUCACCCGCCCAAGCCCACCGCGACGAGAUGUUCUCCUCCCCCUCCACAUCCACCACCUCCCUCCCCGGCGGCGUCGCGCAAUACUCCCUUUCCGACGCCUCCCACCUCCUUUCCAUCGCCGCCCGCGAAGGUGACCCCGUCGCACAACGCGAAUUGGCGACGCUGUAUCUCACGCACCCCGCGACGACACCGUUGAUAUUAGCGCCGUUCGCACGGACUGGAGAGGUUUUCAAGGAGGAAAUUGAGAGUAAAUGGAGGAGUGGUGGGAGGGGGAAGGGCAAUGAUCGGGAGAAGUGCGAUCCGGGGGUUAUGUGUGUGGCGUACUUUUGGAUGGGGAGGAGUGCGAGGGGGGGAGAUGGGGUUGCGAAACGGGUGUUGGAGCAGGGGAGUGAGAUGGGGGGGUUGGGUGGGUAG